CACUCUGGAGUAUACGAUUACCAUUUUCCUCUUAUGUCGCAUCAGCAUUUUCUGUUUCACGCGCGCUAAAACCUAGGGUUAGGGUUUUAUAAAAGUUCAGUUUCCAUGGCGGAGGACGAUAAAAAGAACGUAAAUAAACCCUUGCUGGAGGAUAACGUUAACGAACAACCCCUAUUUGAUAAGAAAUCAUUGAAAAAAUGCGAUUCCGUUACGGAAUUCAAUGCCGUUAACAAUGCGGUUACAGACGAAAAUGAUGAACAAGCUGUUGUGUUAGGUUCGGUGGUGACGGAGGUGGUUAUGUCGUUUGUGGAAUCGAAGGUGGAGGCGGAAGAAGAAAAUGUUACCGCCGGGGCAGAGUCUGUAGUUUUGAGUAAAACUGAGGGUAAUGAUGGAGCCGUGGCAGAGGAAAAUGUUUCAGUUGAUGAAGCGAAAAUAGAGUUAAAGAAAGACGAGUUGAUGGACGUGAUGAAUCGCGAAGUAGGCAGUUGUGAGCGUAGUUGUACGACUGGAAGUCAAGAAAAUGGUGGAGCAGUGACAGUGGGAGAUGUUUCAAUUGCUGAGGUGGCAAAAGAUGGGACUAUGGAGGCGAAGAAGCGCGAAGAAACAGAAGCUGCUUCUGUUUUAGAUGAUUCACAGGUUCUUCACGAAGCAAUGUGUGCUGAGGCGGAGACCGAAAUUGAUGCUGAUACUGAGUUGAAGCACGAAGUAGACAAUUCUCAGAGCGUUGGCCCUGAUGCUGUGGCAAGAGUUGCAACCAGAAAUGAAGAGAAUGGUGAAGCAGUGAGACAGGGAGUUUUUUCAACUGUUGAAGCUACAAUAGAGGUAGCACAAGAUGGGACAGUGGAUGUAAAGAAGCGAGAAGAAGCACAAUGUAGCUUUGAAGGGACGGAUGUUGACGGGGAGACUUCUAAUAUUGAUAAUGAUGCUGAGAAAUUGAUUUUGAAUAAAGUUGAGGAGAAUGAUGAGAUGGUUGUAGAGACAGAUGUAUCAACAAUUGAAGCUAAAGCUGUGGAAAUGGAUGCAACAAAGCAUGAAGAAGUGGAACCUGUUUCGACGUUAGAUGAUUCACAGGGUGCCCUUGUAGAUGAGGAAGAUGAAGCAAUAGGUGUUGAGGAAGAGACUACUAAUGUGGAUACUGAAGUGGAGACUGAAACUGAUACGGUCGAGUCAGGGAAAUCCUUGGGAGGAAAGAGGAAGAGAAGGGAUUCUAAGAGUCCUGGAAAUUCAAAGGCUGCAGCUAGAGCUUCAAGUAGGAAGAUCACAGAAGAGGACGUUUGCUUCGUUUGCUUUGACGGCGGGGAUUUGGUGCUAUGUGACCAUAGGGGCUGUCCUAAAGCAUAUCAUCCCUGUUGCGUUAAUAGGGACGAAGCGUUUUUCCUUGCCAAAGGUCGAUGGAAUUGUGGUUGGCAUCAAUGUAGCAAUUGUGAGAAAAAGGCUUACUACAUGUGCUAUACAUGUCCAUUUUCGUUAUGCAAGCGGUGUAUAAAAAAUGCUGUUAUCCUGUGUGUUAGGGGAAACAAAGGCUUUUGUAAGACCUGCAUGAGAACUGUCAAGCUAAUAGAAAGCAAUGGGCUGGGAGACAAGGAUGCACCAGUAGAUUUUGAUGACAAGAGUUGCUGGGAGUAUCUGUUCAAGGAUUACUUUGUUGAUUUAAAAAUGAGGCUAUCUUUAUCUUCAGAAGAAAUUGCCAAUGCGAAAAGUCCUUGGAAGGGGUCUGAUGAAUCUGCUAAUAAACAUGAGUUGGCUGAUCCUCAGUAUGACAACAAUGAUGAUGGAGCUUCAGGUUCAGAUGAUUCAUUUGAAACCUUGGAAGCCAGUAAAGCUAAAAGAAGAAGCUUAAAAAGACGAGCACAGUCACUCAGAAACGAAGAGGAUUCAACCAGUGCAGCUGCUGUUAGUGGAAGUGAAGGCUUCUCUACAGCUGGCACCACUGAAUGGGCAUCAAAAGAGCUGCUUGAAUUUGUUAAGCACAUGAAAAAUGGUGACGCUUCUGUUAUUUCUCAAUUUGAUGUGCAAGCUCUGUUGCUUGAUUACAUCAAAACAAAAAAACUUCGUGAUCCUCGUCGGAAAAGCCAAAUUAUAUGUGAUUCAAGACUUGAAAGACUAUUUGGAAAACCACGGAUUGGGCAUUUUGAGAUGUUAAAACUGCUCGAGUCUCAUUUUCUUAUGAAAGAGGAUUCUCAGAUAGAUGAUGUUCAAGGCAGUAUAGUUGAUACGGAAGUCGAUCACUUUGAAACUGAUGGAAAUGCUGACACUCUUACUAGUGGAGUCAAAGAUGGGAAACGUAAACAUAAGAAAGGCGAAAGAAGGGGACCUCAAUCAAAUCUUGAAGACUGUGCAGCUAUUAAUGUGCACAACAUUAGCUUAAUUUACUUACGUCGGAAGUUGAUAGAGGACCUACUUGAAGAGAUUGACAAUUUUCAUGAAAAGGUUUUUGGGACGUUUGUAAGAAUACGAAUUUCUUGUAGUGCACAGAAGCAAGACCUCUAUAGGCUGGUGCAAGUCGUUGGUACAAGCAAAGCUGCUGAACCCUACAAACUUGGCAAGAGGACAACUGAUAUUGUGUUGGAUAUCCUAAAUCUGAACAAGACAGAGGCUGUAUCAAUUGAUACUGUCUCAAAUCAAGAUUUUACUGAGGAAGAAUGCAAGCGUUUACGCCAAAGUAUAAGGUGUGGACUGAUCAAUAGACUAACGGUGCGUGAUGUUCUUGACAAAGCCGUGGAAAUACAGGCUUCUAGAGUUGAUGAUUGGCUGGAAUCGGAGAUCCUGCGGCUUAGUCAUCUUCGUGAUCGAGCUAGCGAGAAAGGGCGUAAAAAGGAGCUUAGAGAAUGUGUGGAGAAACUGCAGCUUUUAAAGACUCCCGAUGAACGUCGUCGUAGACUUGAUGAAGUUCCAGAAAUACAUGCAGAUCCGAAAAUGGAUCCGAGCUAUGAGUCUGAGGAUGAUGAUGGGGAAAAUGAGAGUAGACAAGAUGUUUAUAAAAGGUCACGAGAUUCCAGUUUCAGCAGGAGAGGAAACGGGCCAGUUUCCCCUGGAAGCAAAUUUUCUCCAAAAGAUUGUUGGGGGAGUGCAGGGAAACUUCAGUCUAAAAAUUGGGAAUUAGACAGAAGUUUGUCCAGUAAAAACAUUUUUAGCAAAAGCCAAGAUGCUGCACAUAUUGGUGAGAUUGUAAACGAGAAUGCAUGGAGUCAAGGGAAAGACUGGGAGACAGAAUCUCAGAAUCCGGAGAAGCUCGUUUCUGCUACCAAUUCUGAAACAAUUGGAUGGAAUAGCGAUGUUGUGUCGAGAUCUUCCGGUAUUGCAUCUGUACCUUCUCCAGCUACACUCCCAGUUAAGGCUGCAGAAACUGCUGUCAAGAUCAAUGAAACAGAAAAGAUGUGGCAUUACAAGGAUCCUUCUGGAAAAGCACAGGGGCCAUUUUCUAUGGUUCAGUUGCGUAAAUGGAGCAAUAAAGGAUAUUUCCCUGCUGAUCUGAAAAUAUGGAGAAUUACAGAAAAGGAAGACGAAUCUAUUCUUUUGACUAAUGCAUUAGAAGGAAAGUUUGAAAAAGCUUCGCCAACAGUUGACAGUAUACAUUCAAGAGCUGUCGUGCAAAAUCGAGAUGGAGAGAGACCUCAUUUGUAUCACAGCCUUGGUUCUGAGAAUUCUCCUGGUCUUUCUGUUUCCACUAGAGGUGGAAUUUCUUCUUCUAUUGAAGUAAGGGAAUCAGAAACUAAUGUGAGUUCUGAUACUGGUUUUGGUCCUGUGCCCAACUCUGGAGAGGGUAUCCCAGCAGGCCCAACAAAUCUAAUGCAACAUAGUCAGUCUAUUGCUAGUAAUGAACAACAUGCAGCAGUUAUGAAUAGCCAACCUGGCUCACAAAAUACUACUGUACAGUCCAUUCAGUCUCUUAAUAUUCAGAACCCUAAUGUGGGUGCUCAUACUUUUGCUGCUGCUUCAUUGUAUGGAGAAACAAAGGGUUCUGUUGCUGCACCUGGGCAUCCCCAGGGAUAUGGUAAUUGGGUUACAUCUUCUGUUCAAAAUUCUGCUGUAAGUUUCUCAAGCGCAGGUGCCUCAGUUGUGCCUCAACCUCAUUAUUGGGGAGCUCAAACUCAAGGUGGUCAACCCAAUGAGCAACCUCCAUCUGUGCCUACUGCACCCUGGGGGGUGGCGCAGCCAGAGAGUAUCAGUUCUGCAUCAACAUUCAGACCUGAAAAUCCAAAUCCUGGCUGGGGCAUGAUGCCAGGAAAUGCAAACAUGACCUGGAUUGGACAGGUACCGGCAGCCAUGAAUAUGAACUGGGGAGCCUCUGUUCAAGCAGUGCCUGCGGGAAAUGCAAAUCCUGGUAUGGUUGUGCCUAUCAUGCCAGUUCUUGGGAAUUUGAACCAAGGAUGGGUUGCACCAUUGGGUAAUCCUAUGGUCCAAGGAUUGUCACUUGGUAAUGCAAAUCAAGGUUGGGUUGCUCCAACAGUGAAUAUGGGAUCAACUGUUCCUGGGCCUACGCCUAGUAAUGGGUGGGUUACUGGAAUGGGAAAUCCUGGAACUCUUGUCCAAGGACCAUCACAGCCACCAGGAGAUGCAAAUGCAAAUCAAGGUUGGCGUCCAUCUACUGGAAGUCAGGGCGCGAGAAAUAAUGAACACCGACGUCAUGGGAGUAACUUCUCAGGUCAGAAGGACGAGGGUUCUCGUGGUGGUAACUCAGGUUACAAUGUUGGACGUUGGAAUAGGCAGUCGUCUUUUGGCAGUAGAGGGCAUGGCAGUUCCUCUGGAGGAUUCUUCAAAAGGAAUAAGCCCUGUCCAUAUAAUACGAACGGUCAAUGUGUAAAGGGUUCUCAGUGUAAUUAUCUUCAUAGCUAAUCAGAGUUGUAGGAGAUGCAUGAUUUUGUACAGCAAUAUCAAUCGCAGUUUUUCCUUGUUUUAGGUUUAGCGUCCUUGGAUUGUAAAACGUUUGCAGGUUUUGUACCUCAGCUCUUACCUGAGCUCGUGCAAUUUUCCCUGCAGCAAGAUCUCAAUCUACCUAUGUUAAUUUUUUUCUGAAGGAAGCCACAAGCGGGCGUUAUGGUAAAUCAA